AUGUUCAAAAAAUUCUGUAUAAAAUGGCCGAAUGAUGUGAGGGGAAAUAUUGAAAAGAUCUUCGAAAGGAAAAGAAUGUUUCGCUCAAUUUUCUUCAUCUUUACCUUCAUUUUCUCUAUCAUCGCUCUUCAAAUAAAGCUCGAUUUGAAAGGUGUUCUCAAAGACGUUCUCAAUGAUCUAGAAACGCAGAACUUUGCAAAUUAUAUGGCAAAAUGGAAGAAAAACUAUAAUGGAAACGAGACCGAGCUGAAGAGAAGGGCCAACAUUUGGAAGCAAAAUAAAGCCGAUAUUGAUGCGGAAAACGCGAUAGCUGAUGGAUACACAUGUGGAGAGAAUAUGUUCACCGAUAUGGAUAAGAAAGAGAGAAAAAAUUAUGUGAUGGAUGCAAAUCUUGCCGAUCAAGCCGACGCGUCGAUCAAGAAAUUGGCAACGAGAGCGAAGAGGGGCGCACAAAUGACGUACGUUGGUGAAACAAUCGAUUGGCGUCAACCUGCCUACAUGCCACCAGUGAGAGAUCAAGGACAAUGCGGAAGUUGUUAUGCAUUUGCUGCUAUCAACGCGAUCGAGGUUCAAUGGAACUGGCUUGGACACAGUUUGUCUCAAUUUUCUGAACAGCAAAUCAUCGACUGCUCUGGGACAAACAAUGGUUGCAAUGGUGGAUGGCCGGAGAAAGUGUUCAACUAUUCCAUUUACUAUGGAAAUGCUCCUCGUGCUUCGUAUCCAUACAAAGGCGUCAAAGGAACGUGCUAUAAUACGGCAAGAACAAUGACGGUCAGCACUUGGUAUCAAUUGACAACUGUCUCACAAAUGGAAUCAUACAAUUAUUACUAUGGAGCAGUGGCUUUCAGCAUUUACGUGCCAAACUCGAUCUACUCGUACACGGGCGGGAUCUUCUAUCCAACGCAAAGCACUUGCACAAGCGCCAAUAAUGUCGGCGCUCAUUCGAUGACCAUCGUUGGAUACGGUGCUCAAAACGGUGUUCCUUAUUGGAUCGUACGGAACUCGUGGGGUGCGAGCUGGGGUGAAGGUGGAUAUUUCAGGAUGCGAAAGAGUGUGAACAAUUGUGGAAUGGAGUCACGCGGUGUUUUCUUCCCGUGGCUUAUCGGAACACAC